CGUAUCCCAAAUGCCUUGUCGACACUCGACAGUAUCGAAGACAGAAUUGUGACGGGGCGCCGAAAGUGAUCUAAGUUGUACACACGCAAUUAAACAUGGGUUUUGUUCACUGGAGGUGAUAAUGAAUGCGUCCGUAAGGCAAUAAUGAGGUUUAUUAUUACAAAAUACCUACUAACAUAGAAUAAAUGAAAAAUACUGAGACAGCUUACACUGUGUACAACGCUAGCAGACACUUUAGCUUUGAAAGCCAAACAUUUGUUUGUGUUUGAUGUUUCGUGCCCAAGCAGUAUCAAAUGAUUCGUAAUUCCGUACAGCACUAGUGAAUUGCAAAUCUUCCUUAUCGGCCGAAGUAAUUAUUUAGCGUAAAGAAACAUGACUUCCUCAAUCAAAAGAAUAUUGUGUGUCGUCUUAAUCGUCGUGGCAUUAACACGUGCAGAAAAAGAACCUGUCGAUGUGGAACAACCAAUUAGUCCUCAAUCAAAAGCCCGUGACAAUGCUGAAGCUCACACUCAAGGUGGCAGCGAAAAAACUACAAAUCUCGGAUUCAUACACGCAUUUAUUGCGUCAAUAUCAGUUAUUAUUGUCUCCGAAUUGGGCGACAAAACAUUUUUCAUCGCAGCUAUCAUGGCAAUGAGACAUCCACGCCUUACUGUAUUUCUGGGUGCUAUUUCAGCAUUAAUACUUAUGACUAUUUUAUCAGCUGUUUUUGGUCUUGCUGCAACAAUUAUCCCCCGUGCCUACACAUACUACAUUUCAACAGCAUUAUUUUUGCUGUUUGGGCUCAAGAUGCUGAAGGAAGGUUAUUACAUGUCGCCUAAUGAAGGACAGGAAGAGUUUGAGGAAGUGCAGUCCGAUAUACGAAAAAGAGAAGAUGAGUAUGAGAAAGAAGCUGCUGCAUCACUUGUUCAGGAUCCUGAAUCAGGAGUUAUAAGAAAGUCGGCCAAACCAGGCAGAAGUGUUCUGCAUUUCAUUUCACGGAUUUUUCUGCAGUCUUUCACUCUCACAUUCGUCGCAGAAUGGGGUGAUCGUUCCCAGUUGACCACUAUCAUCCUUGCUGCAAGAGAAGAUGUAGUUGGUGUAACAAUUGGUGGAAUUUUUGGUCAUGCAAUUUGUACAGGAUUGGCUGUUCUUGGUGGAAGAAUGAUUGCACAGAAGAUUUCUGUGAGGACAGUUACCCUACUCGGUGGAGUUGUGUUCCUGUUCUUUGGAAUCCUGUCGUUAUUUUUCGACCCAAAUGCGCAGUGAGAGCCAAAAAUGGUUAAAUCACGAAGUACCAAGUGAGGGUGGAGGAACUGAGGGCUCAUGUUGAAGAAUGUGUGUGUGUGUGUGUGUGUGUGUGUGUGUGUGUGUGUGUGUGUGUGUGUGUGUGUGUAAGAAUAAGAGUAUGCAGUAUUAGCUGAGAAAUCGUUUUUUCAAAGAGGUCCGUGUUUCUAUGUGAUGAUAUAUCUGUUACAAAAUAUUGGUGGAGAAACUAUUUUUUUCUUUCUUUUUUAAGUUUUGAUAACUAAGGCUAUUUUUAUAAAUACCAUGUAUGGAAAGCUUAAGACGUAGCACACUAUUUGUGCUAGUUAUCCGAUAUCCCAGAAAUGGCAGUGCAGAGUCAGACCGUGAACAAAUACAUUAUUUCUUAGAAUGAGACCUUUUCUAAGUUUUUCUCAUGUGGUUUUGUCAGAUAAUGUUUUUAAAUCAUUGUCACGCCAUUUCAUAAUCAUACAAUUACUUCACUAUAUAUGUGUAUUUAUUUUAGUAGUUUAGAGUAUCAUGUACAAAAUCAUUUUUAAAAUGAAAGUAAAUGUUUUAUGUGAUAUUCACACAGUCUUAGUGUUAAUAGAGUCUGAACAAAUAAGUAUUUAUUUAUUUGUUGCCCUUCAAGAGGUGUGUUUUAUGUUCCUCUGUGUUGAAGAUUAAUAAACAUUGUAUAAGAAAGUUUACUUAUCAUUACAUAUCUGGAAAUGUAUCUUGUAUUUUUGAUGAAAUUAGCAUUUAUUUUUGGCCAAUAUAGAAUCUACUUUUUUGAAUGAUCAGGCAUGUAAAUGAAAAGAAUUCUAAUCCCCUCCUUCCAUCCUGCUUACUAAUGUUACAACUUGCUGUUGGCAAUUGCUUCAUUAACUACUACUCUUUAAUCAAUCUCUUUUUAGUUAACAAAUAGACCCGAUAUUCUAAAAAUGGCAAAUGUGAAAGUAAUUCUGCUUAUGCAGUUUUGAAGUAAACUGUGUAACUGAUGAGUAGUGUAUGUAAAUUUCUGCAUAAGAAGACACUCAAAAUACUUCAAAUAGAAUUAUUUUUCUACAGUUAUCUUCACAUUUGCUUCUAUCUAUCGGAAUCUACCGGACAAGAGACACCAGUGAAACUAAAUUUUUUGCAUGUUUACAUUAAAGUUGUCUAAAUGAUGCUAUACUUCACACACAGUAGGCAUGGUGCGUAACACUUUGCCGUCCGCACGUCAUGUACAUACGUAUUCACUUGGCACUGGCAGUGCUAAUUCGGAUUACUUGGCUUGGCGGCGGCCGUUCUUGACUUUAGUUCUCGCAAGUUCACAACCCUGUUCCCCUACUUUCAUAAAAUUUCGAAGAUUUACAUAUGUAAAUAAAUACAAAAUUUGUUUGUUUCAUA